GAUGGCGUCUCAGCAGCAGCAGCAGCAGCAGCCCGGCGGGCCGAUGUCUCAGCCCGGAUUACAGGCUACUGCAUUACAACAACAACAGCAGCAAUUGAGCCAACAGCAAGACUUUGAUCCAGUACAUAAAUUCAAGAUGCUUAUUCCACAGUUGAAAGAGAGUCUGCAGAAUCUCAUGAAGAUUGCAUCCCUGAAUUUGGCCCAUAACACCACGAUUGACAACGGCACCAAAAGCAGCGACACAUCUGUUCAGCGCUUUGACAAGAGCCUGGAGGAGUUUUAUGCCCUCUGCGAUCAACUGGAGCUGUGUUUGCGGCUGGCGUACGAGUGCCUCUCCCAGAGCAUCGACAGCGCCAAACAUUCACCCAACCUGGUCCCGACCGCCACCAAGCCGGACACGGUGCAGACAGAGUCCAUGUCCUACACCCAAUACCUCGGCAUGAUCAAGUCUCAGAUCUCCUGCGCCAAAGAUAUCCACAACGCUUUGCUGGAGUGCUCCAAGAAGAUCUCAGGGAAGGGGCCGCCUCAGGGAAUCAUGUAGACCUGAAUGAACUACCCCAACUCUUUCUACAUCUGGUGACAUUUUUGAGAAGGAUGAUGGAUGAGCUCUUCUCAUAUUCAGAUCCAAGUUUUGGUCAAGAUGCUGUUUCAUUUCUCAAGAUCCUGUAUAUUUGGUUAUGAUUUUUAUUUUUUUUUUGUUGAAGUUAAGUCUCUUGUAAAUAUUCCAGAUAAAGUCAUGUUCUAAGACGACCAGAAGGUGGUGGCAGAGUGUAACUGCCGACUCAAUAUUCACAAGUCUUUUGUAGCUUAUUUGUAUUGAAUAAUAAAAACCUUUUAACUGCU